AUGGAGAUUCGGUCUUUGAGCAACAAGGAUCAUGAUAUAAUUAUUGAAUGGAACAAAGACCACACAUCUGCAAUUAAUGAGUGCGUCCAUGAGAUUGUUCAGAAAAAUGCUGCAUCUGACCCAGAAAACCCUGCUGUACAUGGCUGGGAUGCGUCAUUCACAUAUCAGCAGCUGAAUGAGCUUUCGGACAAGCUCGCAAUUCUCCUCUUGAGUCAUGGCAUUAAUUCGGACUCAAAUCAAUUUGUUCUCCUUUGCUUUGAAAAGUCAGCGUGGACAGUCAUCUCGAUGUUGGCCGUUCUUAAAUCUGGAGCAGCAUUCGUGCCAAUCGACCCUAACUAUCCCCUACAGCGACGAGAGAGUAUCAUCGAACAGACAAACGCAUGUGUUAUUCUCGCAUCUCCAAAAAAUGUCGCAUUAUUUCAGAGAACAGGUGCCAUCGUCAUCGACGUUUCCCAGUCCACGAUCGCAGAUUUACCACCUUCAGUGGUCAACUUCCAGGUGGCAGUGGAGUUUUCUCCUUUUAAUGCGGCAUACAGAAUUUUCACAUCUGGAAGUACUGGUAGCCCAAAAGCAGUCGUUGUUGAGCAAUCAGCUCUUACUACAAGUGGUUUUUACCACGACGGGCGACUUGGACCGUUACGAUUAGCAAGCGGCAUGAUACAUCUUAUCGGUCGCAAAGAUACACAGACCAAGCUGCGCGGGCAAAGACUUGAGCUCGGUGAAGUUGAAUUCCAAGUCAAGAGAUUUUUGUCUGAAGAUCGGGAUUGGCAGGUAGCAGUUGACAUUAUACGACCUUCCGAGCUCCAAGAAAACUCUACGUUGGCUGCAUUUAUCAGUAGCAAUGACUUUUGUCUCGGUAACUCCGAGUCCCAGAUAUUGAUAUCACAGUUUGACGCCCUGUUAGACAUUGCACAAAACUUUCGGCUUGCUCUGGAACAGGUUCUUCCAGCAUACAUGAUCCCAUCUCUUUUCAUUCAAAUUUCCUCUAUGCCAUCAACUGCAUCAGGAAAGACCGAUAGAUGCAAGCUUCUCCAGCUCGGACAGUCAUUGAGCACUGAUCAACUUGAUUUUUGCUCUUUCUCGAAGAGAUCUCAUCGUGAACCAUCAACAACGAUGGAAUUCAAGCUGCAAGAAUUGUGGGCAAAGGUUUUGCACAUUGAGCCUUCUUUUAUCGCAGCUGAAGAUACGUUUUUCCGACUGGGAGGUGAUUCAAUCCUAGCGAUGAGAUUGGUUGCUACGGCAAGAGAGAUGAACAUUUAUCUUUUGGUAACUGAUGUCCUUCAAAAACCACGGCUUUACGACAUGGUAGCUGCAGCUAAAAGCCGGAUCCCCGAGAUUACCUCACCAAAAAAUCACAAAAAUGGAAGCUCGGUCAUCAUGCCUCGUGAUAUCAGCUCUUCUCUAGUUGAGGCGCUCUCUUUGGAGAUCUCCAUUUCUGUGGACAAUGUUGAAGAUAUUUGUGAAGCAACAAAGUUCCAAGCAUAG